GAGAAACAUCAAGUAAAACCUUUCACCUGCACUCGGUGUGGAAAGAGUUUUAGGCGCAACUACCAUCUCAUUCUUCAUAUGAGGAUCCACACUGGAGAGAAACCUUACCAGUGUUCACACUGUGAGAAGAGAUUCAGACCUGAUGGUAACUAAAGAGGAUAGUGGAAAAGCCAGUCAUAGCAUCAAUACUAAGGAGAAGACACAUCUGUGUUCUGUGUGCGGAAAGAGUUUUGCACAUCGUUCGUAUUUAAUUGCACAUCAGAAGAUCCACUCUGGAGAGAAACCAUUCACAUGCACUCAGUGUGGGAGGAGUUUCAGAUAUUCAUCACAACUGAAUGAACACAUGAUGACCCACACUGGAGAGAAGCCACACGAGUGUGAUCAAUGCGGAAAAAGAUUUUUGAAGGCUUCAAACCUGAAGGUCCAUUUUGGAGUUCAUACAAAGGAGAAGCCUUAUCCGUGUCCUGUGUGUGGAAAAACGUUUGCACGUCCGUCACUUGUAAAAGAACAUGAGCAGAUCCACAUUGGUGUUAAAAAGUAUCAGUGUCUCGUGUGUGAGAGGAGUUUUCUUAGACCUGGAGAACUGAAACGGCACCAGAAGAUUCACACCGGAGAGAGACCGCACAAAUGUGAUCAAUGCGGCAGAGCGUUUUCAAGGUCUGCACAACUAAAGAAGCAUCUGAACAUUCAUGGAAAGGAGACACAAUCAGUUCCUUGAUAGUAAAGAGUUUUACACUUUAAUGAAAUUAAUCUUUCUGAAAACUACUCUGUAUUCAUCAACGUCCGAUUUGAUAGUCAGCUGUUAGUAUGUUAAUAAACCCCAAUCUUUUCUAAAUAGGACACACUUUAUCACAAUCAGCACUUCACACUCGGUUUUCACCAUACAGGGCAGACUGCAAACAUUGUUGUGCCAUUCAUCCAGGAACAUCAGCUCAUGCAGCAUGAUAAUGCACGGCGACAUGAUGAAGGAUCUGUACACAAUUCCUGGAAGCUGUAAACAUUCCAGUUCCUCUGUGGCCAGCUAUAUUCACCUGACAUGUACUGAGCAUGUUUCGGCGUAUACGACAGCGUGUUCCUGUUCCAGCCAAUAUCCAGCAACCUCACGCAUCCACUGAAGAGGAGUCGAUCAACAUUUCACAGUCCGCAAUAAGUGAAGUUUAUUCAUAAACUAAUUUCGAGAGGAUCACGUGCUGAUGAUUUAUCACGGCUGGUCUCGAAUUUGCUAAUCAGUAUCCUCCAAUCAUUCGAGACCCAAGCUACUAUAAAUAACCACAGUUUUCAAUUCGCUUUAUCUUCGUUUGGAAGAAACCCCCCUCCUCCCCUUUUCCUUCUCUUUUACCUCCAACUGGGCGACACGGCGGCCCAGUGGUUAGCACUGCGAGCCCCACAGCAAGAACACCGCCAGCCCUGGCCCCCUAGGACCGGUGGAUGUUUCUGUGAGGAGUUUGUAUGUUCUCCCCGUGUCCGCGUGGGUUUUCCCCGGGUGCUCCGGUUUCCUCCCACCAUCCAAAGACAUUCAACAUACAUAAAAACCAAGCAUUUAUCUAACCCUUGUGUUCCCUUAGCUACAGCAGCGGGGGAGUUCUGAGAUCCACCGAGCUCGGACUCCUCUCACGCUCCGCCAAACGGGAGGAAGCCCCGGACUCGAGGAGUCCUUGAGCUCGGGGCUCUCUCCCGGAACAGCAUGCCAAACAAGCUUUUAUAAAUCAUCAGCUAAGUGUGAACUCUUGAAACAACCUCGAUUGACUGUUUGUCACAUAUUGAGCAUGUUUUGAGCGCGUUCCAGUUCCAGCCAAUAUCCAGCAACCUCACGCAUCCAACUCCUGGAAGACAAAAACCUUCCAGUUCUUGCAUAGCCAGCAUACUCACUGGACAUGUCACAUAUUGAGCAUGUUUCGGCGUAUACGACAGCAUGUUCCAGUUCCAGCCAAUAUCCAGCAACCUCACGCAUCCACUGAGGAGAAGUCGACCAAGAUUUUACAGUCCGCAAUAAACAACCUGAUCGAAUCUAUUUGAAGGUGACUCUGUGCUCAAAACAGAUACUGACUGGCCACACCUGCCAGGUGUAUGGAUUAUCUCGGCAAGCUUAUGAAAAAUGGGGGCAAAAUCAAAAGUGCUGCCUUCGUUUUAUUGUGGUUGAUCAUAAUUAUGCAAAAUACAGUGGUUAUACAGUGGUUUGGCUGUCAGAACCAGCAAAGCCUGAAGAUAAAGUUGGUUUUAUAUACACACAUUUGUUCAGUGACAUCUUGUGACAUGCUCCCUAUAUUGUUACCAUAGUACUUUGAAUAUUGGAUUGAAAUGACAUGUAUUCGUGACUUGAAAUCAACAUUAGCUCUAUUUAUUUGACUGUGAACAAUGUUGUACUUUGAUAGACGUUGGUUGCAAAGAAUGCUUUUGUGAAAUUGUAUUAAGGAGAAAGUCUGAAUGUGUUAAGAUAAAACUAAAUAUACUUCAUUCAGCAAAG